AUGAAACCAUCUAAACUGCAAGAUCAUCUGAGAAGAUGCCACCCUGAUAAAACAGAGAAAGAUUUGAAAUACUUUCAAACACUCAAAGAUAAAUUUCAGAAGAGACCUAUACUGGACAGAAUGUUCGCUUCGACGUCACAAAGUAACGAUGAUAGUUUGCGGGCGUCUUACAAUAUCUCGUUACUUAUAGCAAAAUCCGGAAAACCGCAUACUAUCGGAGAGAAGUUAAUUAUGCCAGCCGUUGAAUAG